AUGUUGCCGUCAUACACAACGAAUCGGUUCAAUGGUUCGCGUUCGUACAUUCCCGAGUACCUGCGGCGCAUAAUCCACUACCCCCAGAUGGACAUUGAGUACACCUUCUGCUACCGAACAACGUCGUGGCGCAAACAAACGAAGAAUCAGUGGGCCAGAGACGAUCCCGCAUUCAUCGCCAUCCUGGUGCUGUUCAUGGCCGUGGCGGCCAUCGCCUACUCGGUCGCCUUCAACGCCUGGAACCCGGUGACCCUCCUCCGCAUCAUGUUCUGGGCCGCCUUCAUCGAGUUCCUCGGCCUCGGCCUCGCCACCGCCACCCUCGGCUGGUUCGUGGCGAACAAGUAUCUGCGGGUGCAGUCGCUGCACGCCGUGGACCAGAAGGUGGAGUGGCUCUACGCGUUCGACGUCCACUGCAACUCCUUCUUCCCGCUGUUCGUCGUCCUCUACGUGCUCCAGUUCUUCCUGCUGCCCCUGAUCCUCGGCACGGGCUUCUUCUCCACCGUCAUCGCCAACUCCAUGUACGCCUUCGCCUUCUCCUACUACUUCUACGUCACCUUCCUCGGCUACAACGUGCUCCCAUUCCUGCACCACACGGUGCUGUUCCUGUACCCGAUCGGGGCGGUGGGGCUCUUCUACGUGCUCUCGCUCCUCUUCCGCUUCAACUGCUCCGUCUUCGUCAUGAACUACUACUUCGGUUGA